GUUUAUGAGACAUACAAAAACAAGGGAAACACACGCGAGAUGAAAAUAACAACAAUGAUGGAAACAUGUUAACAUCAAACAGUAUUAAAUCAGAGACUUACGUCUGAAACUGCCAACACCAGUCAGUAAAUGUUGUGAAAAGAUGAGAAAAUGCCUGGAUUCCUCUGCUGGUCCCAGAAAGAGAAUGAGACACACACAGAGCAGAACCACCAAGCCCAGUUAAACCUCUGUCAGCUGACUCACUGGGGACACACAAAUUCAUGAGACUGUGAAGAUGGAAGGGGUCCAACCCCCAGAUGAGAAUGUGGGAAACGCACCAGGGAGGAGAUUCCAGACAAACAAGCUAUUGCUGGUGACCUCCGCAAUUCAGGGGCUGGGGCUGCUUCUGUGUCUCACCUACAUCUGCCUGCACUUCCAUACUUCUCAGGUGACAUCUCCGUACCACGCGAAUAUCAGAACACAAUUUACCAGGUGUGACAAAGAGAAAUGCUUCAUUGUCACACACCCAAACAAGGAGCAAACCAUGAAGGUGCAAAACAACUCAAUCAUCAUCAACUGUGAUGGAUUCUAUCUCAUCUCCCUGAAGGGCUAUUUCACCCAGGAGAUCAACCUCAACUUUCAUUACCGGAAGAAUCGGGAGCCCCUCUUCUCCCUGAGCAAGGUCAAAUUUGUCAACUACAUCACCGUGGCCUAUCUGCGCUACAAGGACAAAGUCUCUUUGAAUGUGACCACUAACAAUACCUCCUGGGAAGACACCCAGGUGAACGGUGGGGAAUUGAUUCUCAUCCAUCAAAAUCCUGGUGGAUUCUGUGUCUACUGAGGACCUGAUGGCCACACCUAAGCCAGGCACCAAGUAUGAAUGCCAGACUGGGGGUGGACAGGACACAGAUUCUUCCUUGGGGGUGGAGAACUUGCACCAGCUCAGCCCCCGUAGAUGGUCACACAGGAUAUGACCAGAAGAAGAUUCCCCCACCCCCACUCAGGGAUAUUUAAAACUUAUUUUACAUAUCAUUUAACUUUAUUUAUCCUCAUGUCUUCUAAAUCACCUAGCCCUUAUCUCUCAUAAUUGCCUCAAGCCUAUAAGGAUAAAUGAGUACCUACGUGCCUCUUCCUU